AUGUCCGUCCAAGGCCACUGCGACCCGCGCUUCAGCGGCCUGCGCGACACAUUUGCCAACCAGCUGGAAACCGGCGCUGAACUCGGCGCCUCAGUCUGUGUAUCGAUAAAUGGCGAGACCGCUGUCGACCUGUACGGCGGAUACAGCACCCCUGCACGCGAGCAGCCCUGGACCAGCGACACCAUCGUCCCCGUCUGGUCCAUCAGCAAAACCAUCACAGCGCUGGCCGUUUUGAUCCUCAUCGACCGAGGCCAACUACACCCAGACGACCCCGUCGCAAAAUACUGGCCCGCCUUCGACACAGGCGACAAGCGCUCCAUCCUCGUCCGCCACUGUCUCGGCCACACCUCCGCCCUCCCCUCAUGGGACCCCGAACUCCCAGUCUCCGAGCUCCUCUCAAACCAGCCCCUCGCGACCGAGAAACUCAUCGCCCAGAAACCCUGGUGGGAACCAGGAACCGCAUCAGGCUACCACCUAAUGUCGCAGGGCCUGCUACUCGGCGGACUCGUCCACCGCGCCAGCGGCAAACCCCUCCCUGACUUCGUACGCGACGAACUCUCCACGCCCCUCGACGCAGACUUCCACCUGGGACUCCAGGACGAGCGCGAAUGGACCCGUAUCGGAGAGAUGGUCGCGCCAGAUCCAUUCCCGCCGGCGAUGUUGAAGGAUCCGCCCAAGCCCGAUAACCCGAUGUACAUCACCCUGCGCGCAUUCCGGGGCUGUCGCAUGGACGCAGCAUACACGGUGACCCCUGAGUUCCGGCGCUGUGGGAUCGGCUCGUUUGGUGGGUUCUCGAAUGCGCGUGGCUUUAACAAGAUCCUCGAGAUUAUCACGCAUGGUGGGGCCUUGAAUGGGAAGCAGUUCCUUAAGUCGUCGACGGUGGACCUUAUCUGGCAGACGCAGGCCGAGGGGCCGGAUCUUGUUCUUGGGGUUCCGUUGAAGAUGGGAAUGGGCUUUGGCCUAUCGAAUGGCAGUAUUGACUGGAUCCCAGAGGGGAAGGUGUGCUUCUGGGGUGGGUAUGGGGGGUCGAUUGCGAUUGUUGAUGUUGAGCGUGGGAUCACCUUUACGUAUGCGAUGAAUCGCAUGGAGAAUGGGACUUUGGGGAAUUCGAGUGCGGAGGCGUAUGUCAAGGCAUUUUAUAAGGAUUUCAAUGGGGAGGCAGACGCCAAAGCGACUUUGUGA